AUGCCGCCAUCGACAAGAGCUGGACAGAUGGGAAGGGGCGAUGAUGAUCAAACAACCACAGGCAACGGACAGGAGGAAGGAUGGCUCACGCAGGUAGUCAGGAUCCUCCAGCUGGCGAACCCAGCACUAAUGGCCGAGGAAGCGAUCGUGCGAGCUAUGGGCCUCAUCAGCAUUAGCAACCAGACCCCAUGCAGGGAGACCGAGAAGAUCCCCAAGGAGGUGUCGAGCGCCAUUGCGCACAUCAAAAAGCUCAGCGACAGCAACUGGCACACUUGGGAACCUACCUUCAUCGACUGCCUCCAAAGAGUACAUAAUGCGAAGGAGAUACUGUAUGGCACGGUGGCGCCUGGAAACAAGGAAUACAACGAAGACUUGGAUAAAGCCCUCGUGGGCCUCAUCCACGCCUGCUGCGACAACAGUCCAGACAGCUGUAUUGACACCUACACCGUCAGGGGAGCGGAUGAAGAAGUCCAGCUCGGUAGCACACUCUAUGCCAAACUCAAGAAGGCACUAACACUGAACGAUGCUGUAAAGCUAGGCAAGGAACUCGAUUCGAUCUGGAAUGAUGUGGCACGCCUGGGAAAGCAUUUCAAUGAGGACCUCAAGAAAUCAACUCUCUAUCGCUGCAUGGCCCAAGAUUGGUUCUAUGCCAACGCCAUCGAUGCACUGAAGACAGCCAGACCAGACUGUAAGUAUGACGAAGCCUACCACGCACUCGCCAAGAAACAGCAGGAUGGUGAGGUCACUGGCCGUAUUAGAGGAGCAGCAAGGGUUGCCACAAGCAUGGAACAGGGGAGCACCAACCAGGCAGAGCAAGGACCCAGGGGCAGGCACGAUCCUCGCAACCCCUCGGCCCCCCCAAAGUGCUACGCUUGUGGAGGACCUAAUCACAUUGCUCAGAACUGCACGAACACCAACAAUAACCCCGCACCGAGUAGGGACGGACCCACCACCAAUCCAGCACAAGAAGCGACGAUCGGCGGGGAUGAGCAACCAACAUCGGACACCUGGAUCGUCGAUUCGGGUGCGACGCAUCACAUGGUGAACGAUGAAAGAAUGCUGCUCACCUCGACGUGCAAGGAUGGUCAGAUCUGUACGGCUGGAAAUGAAAGGCUUCAAGUGAAGGCCAUAGGAGAUGCCUCCCUUUGGGUUGGCGAUGUAACCAUUCAGCUAUUGGAUGUGCUCUACAUGCCGAAACUUAAUUCUAAUUUAUUAUCAGUACAAGGCUUGAUCGAGAAUGGUGCACGGGUAACUUUCGAUGAGUUUGGAACCAUCAUUAAGCAAAAUGAUGGCACACAAAUACAAUACAAGAGGAACAGAAGAAAAGGGUGGUUCGAAGUACAGGGAAAGGCACUAGCCCUGGAGUUGGAAGAGACACUCGAUGACGUCCCAGAGGACAACCAGAACACAGGAAAACUAGAUAAUGCCCCAGAGGGCAAUAAGGACACGAAGCAUCGAGACAGCUACCUAUGGCAUGAGAGGUUCGGACACCCAGGACGAGACAAAACAAGACAAAUCCGGGCUCAUUACCUAGGUACCAAUGAGGAAAUGGAACAUGAGUCAAAGCACUGUAACGUGUGCAGCCAAGGAAAACAGACUCGAGCACGGAUGGGCCAAUCAGAGUCAGAAAGAAUGGAGGCACCAUUAGAGCUGGUACACAUAGACCUGAUGACAGAUUUCAAAGGACAUGCCAACUACCACUAUGCACUAGUUGCUGUGGACGACUUCUCCUCUCUGAUCUACAUGGAACCACUCUGCACCAAGAGUGCCACACUCACGGCGCUGAGGAGGUGGAUAGCCAGGAUGGAAUGGGCAACGGACAGGAAACUCAAAACACUCUGCAGCGACAAUGGAGGAGAAUGGUGCAGCAUAGCAGCCGAAGACUGGCAAACUCAAGAGGGUUUCAAGUGGCAAAAGAGCAUCCCGGGGAUCAGCGUCCAAAAUGGACGGGCAGAGAGAGCAAUCAGCCACCAAGACCAUCCCCCACGAGGCCUUUUAUGGAACCACCGCGCACAAGCUGGCCCAGCAGCUAAGGACCAGCAAGGCAAGUAUGGGGCUAGAGCAAAGCCAGCCAUCAUGAUUGGGUAUGACGACGAACACAAAGCAUGGAAGUUUUGCAACCCGGACCAGCCUGCGUCAAUUCAAUGGAGCAACUCAGCAACGUUCCAUGAGGACAAAGGAUGGAGUGAUCGCCAACAGGAGGCAGUCAGGCCCGUGGUGACCGCAGAGGUUGAGGAGGAGGGUGUCAUGCCAGCCAUAGUGGAGGAGGAGACCAAAUCAGAGGCCGCAGUGGAGGAUCUCCUACCAGCCGUAGACAGCACAGUAGGCGCUGCCAACACAGCAAUACUGAACCUGGACCCAAUGCUUGGGGAAGCAAUGAACGGUGAGGACGCCCAGCUCUGGAAGGAGGCAAUACGAAAGGAGCUAGAAGGACUCGAGGCAAUGGGGACUUGGGAGGUGGUGCACCAACCGCCAGGAGUACCACUUGUGGACUCUAAGGUUGUGCUUCGGCUGAAGCUUGACGCUGAUGGUGUACCUGUUAAGCACAAGGCGCGACUGGUUGCAAGGGGCUUCACACAGAGAGAGGGGAUCAACUACCAAGAAACCUUCUCUCCAGUAGCACCCCUCGGAGCGAUCAGAGCCAUCUUAGCACUAGCAGUGCAGAACAACUGGGAGGUGCAUGCUCUGGACAUCACUAUGGCUUACUUGAACUCCACGUUAAAGGAAGCAAUCUACAUGAAGCCGCCAGAAGGAUCAGGAGUAGCACCUGGCAAGGUGUACAAGGUAGAGUGCGCUCCCUGCAUCUACACCAAGGGACAGGGUAAAGAUAUGGCCAUUGUGGUCAUCUACGUCGAUGAUACAUUAGUCAUAGCACCAUGGCUGGAAAUGGUCCUAAAGGUUAAGAAGCAGAUUGGUCAGAGAUGGAAGAUGGAAGAUAGCAGUGAGGUCUCUCACUUCCUGGGCAUCAAAAUCAGUCGAGACUGUGCGAUGCACACCAUGACGAUUGGUCAGUCAGGGUACAUUGACCAAGUGCUGGCAAAGCACCUGGACAAACGUACAAAGCCGACCAUGGUUCCAAUGCAGAGCAUACCGGAGGGAACCCUUGUCGCAAGCACAGCACAACAGAAGGAGUAUCCGGUGAUUGUUGGCAAGCUGCUCUGGGUUGCCAACAGCACCUGGCCCGACCUUAGCCUUACCAUGGGUGUUCUCGCUAGGCACAUGUGUGAACCAUCACAGGAGCAUUAUCAGGCAGCACAAAGGGUCUUAUGCUACCUCGAAAGCACAAGGCAGGUUGGAUUGGUUUAUAGGGCAAGUGAGUCGCAAGAGCCACUGGUCACGCACAGCGAUGCAAACUGGGCGAGCGAUGCCACCAUACAGAGAAGGAGUACAUCGGGGUCAGUGGCGUUAGUGUACGGGAACCCAGUAGCCUGGAAGUCAGUGACACAAAAAUGUGUGUCAUUGUCCGCUGUCGAGGCAGAGUUCAUUGCAGCCACGGAAGCAACACGUGAGGUGCUCUUCCUCAAGCAGCUGCUACGCUCAAUUGGCAUUGCCACAGGCACACCGAUGGUCUACUUGGACAACACUGGUUGCAUACAGGUUAGUAAGGACCCAGCACAGCACUGGAAGCUUAAGCACAUCGACACCAAGUAUCACUUCAUCCGUAACAACAUCCAAGAGGGAAGGGUGCAGAUCAAGUACGUAGACACCACAAGAAACUUGGCAGAUGUACUCACAAAGCCCAUUGGGAAACAGGCAAUGCAGCAAGCAAGAUCUGGGCUACACCUGCAAAUACCGGCAGCAGUGUACGAAACGGGGUCCCUGAGCUAUGCGACAGUGUUGAAGAACGGAGGUCACACCUUGAAACAACAGCAUAAUGAACAGGGUACAUAUACUGUUGAGGGGGGGAGUUGA